GUAAAAGCAUGAUAAUCAUGCUGUAAAUGUAUGACAAAUUGACAAUAUGUCUUCGCACUCGCAAAGCCAUUCUGAUGUAAACUGGGUUGACGAAAUGACAAUAGAACAAUGUUAUAAACCAUAUAAAACAUUUCAGAUUGAAUAUGUUGAAAGAGAGGAGAGUUCCGAACAAUAUGUCCCAUUUUACUUUGGGAAAUCGACAAUGGAAUACUCAAUUCAAUUGAACAUCUCUGAAAAUAGCGAAACAUCGUAUCUCUUGGAAAAUACAAAUGGAUUUCAUUUGGAUAAACAAGGAAUCAAAAGGCUGAUUUUCUUGAUGGUAGCAAUGCUUAUCUUGCAAAUUAAAUGGGCCUUAUUGAACGAAAGAUUAAGGAUCAAGCCAUGCAUAUUCCCAGAGAGCUUUGUUUCACUUGUUAGACUAGGUACGUAUGCUGUUGGAAUAAUAUUUUUCAGUGUCGGAGAGUACAAUUAUGGCUGUCAUCAGUCUAUUUGUUACGGAAUGUUGGUCAACGUUAUUGGAACCAUAAUGCAUAGCUUUCUGGGUGUUGUGAAUGGACUUAAAGGAGCUCAAAAGAACGCCGUGUUCUCAUCCUGGUCAUCAUGUGCGGCUGUAAUCUCGGGAAUUGGCAUAAUUGUUGACAUGUGCACAAAUAGAAUGUUGAAACUUACGCUUUUAAUAUUUAUUUGUCAACAAGUGCCAUCAAAAUUUAAAAAAAUUAUGCAGCUGAUUUGCUUCUUAACGACUUGGACGAUAUUUUUUGUUUGGACAGCACAUGGGAUCCUUGUUAAUAUUAUGGACACAUUUAAGAUAAACAUUGUUCAAGCUAUAUUGACCUUGCUACUCGUAGCAGGUUUUUUUUGCGGAAGACGUCAUUACCUCAUUCGACCACCAUGUAUUGGAACUCUUUCAACAAAUUUAAAAAUAUUAAAAGAGGUUUUCAGAACACGCAAACGUCCACUGCCAAAUUCAAGAUGUCAUUGGUUAGAUCGGGCAAAACUUUUAUAUGGUGGAUCAUACAGCAAUUGGGAAGUUGAAGAUUUAAAAUGGAUCUUUAAACUGCUACCAAUAAUUCCUCUCAUGGCAGGACAAUCUUUUUUCAUGUCUUGGGUUGAAAUACUUUCUUCAAACCAGUCAAUUCAUCUGAAAGCAUAUUCAAAAUUGAAUUUUGACUUAUUAAGAAGCAUUUCUCAAACAACAGCUUUGAUAAUAUUAGCGACUUUAUGUUGGCUCUGCAAUUCAUGUCUUAGAAGAUUGAAACUUCUUCCGGGUAACUGUGAUGUUUUGCUAUCAUAUGGAGUUGGAGCAUUGACAUUAUUGAUCGCUGUUGUUUCUGGAGGAGUAUUUCAAAUUCUUCUUACAAACGAAGUGGAACAAAAAAGUCAUAACAAUUCAACCAUCGAUUUUAAGAAUUACACCUCUUCAUUCUCGAUGCUUUGUCAAACACCUCAAUAUGUAUUUUGUAUUACAAGUUAUUUUCUUGCCGUUACAAGUGGGCUGACUUUAGUAAUGGAAGAGGCACCACGUUGUAUUCAUGGAAUUCUUGUUCCGAUCUUUUAUCUUGGUAGAAUUGGUGGUUAUUGUUUUUGUCAGAUUUAUGUUGAAAUAGUAAAACGUGGAAUUUUUCCAAAUUUUAAAAUGCAAAAUGAUUCCGACGGCAUGAUAACGAACAAAAGUAAUCUACAAACAUAUUACUUUGUAACUUCAGCCAUCAUACUUGUAUAUCUACUAUUGUACAUUUACGUUGCAAAGCAGUUUAAGGCGAAAAGAGAACGCGAAAGAUUGGAAGCUUUAGAGCGUUUAGCCGAAGAGCCUGAGGAAAGCUCCUCCAGUAUCAACUGGGAUGCGUUAUCUUGGAAUGAAUAUGACCCCACUCUGCGAAUUAGCACAGUUUAUUAAUUAUGGUUGAAAUACCAUUGGUAAAUUAAGUAAAACUGAGAAAUAUGUUUUUCUUAAAUAUAAGAUUGGAAAAGCUAAAGGAAUAUUUUGAUCUUAGUGAUCUUAAUAUAAACAAGUCCUUUAUGCAUGUUGGAAUGUCGUGAUGUUGCAUGUUGAAAUGUAGAAAAUAUUUUGUGAUGGGUUUUCAUAAGUAUCUUGAUUAAAGUAAAUGUCAACUCAAAAAUGUAAUUCUCAAAAUAUUGUGCAAGUAUCGAUGAAAUAGCUUAACAAAACUAAUUUUGAUUACAAAGCAUAAUGCACUCAGUCUUUCUUUGUAUUUCCAAGUUUCAUGUAUAGAUAAAUUUAUGGUGUUAUUUUGAUAUAUUUACGUCAAUAGAAAUUGUGAUCUAUUUAUAUUGCA